UCGUCGUCGGGUCGUUAAAGUCAGCUUGUGAAUGUAAAGUGUCGCAGCUGAAACAGUAUCAUAGCGUUGCCAGUCCUAUGAAGUUUGCUCAAGAUAAGUAAACAUGACUCUUAAAGUUUCAAAACAUUGCAUUUCUUCUAUUAUUAGGCGUUAUAGCGCCAAUUCAAACUCAACAUCAUGUCAGCCAGGAGGACCUAUAAAUUAUGCAGGACCAAUGUUUCAAAAAACAGAGCAGUUGAAAAGCGAAAACUUUCCUCCAGUACAAAGGAAUUUUUAUAAGAAACCAUUGCUGCUUCACCAAGGCUACAUGCAAUGGCUCUACGAUCACGAGGGUCGCAAAUAUUUAGAUCUAUUUGGCGGUAUCGUGACUGUAUCAGUUGGCCAUUGUCAUCCAAAAGUUGUAGCUGCUAUGCAAGAACAAUUAAAGAAGCUCUGGCAUACGACAAGCAUUUAUAGGAAUCCUAAAAUAUACGAGUUUGUAGAAAAAUUGGUCGCAAAAAUGCCUGGAAAAUUAAAGGUCGUAUAUUUAGUCAACAGUGGCACAGAAGCUAACGACUUGGCUGUGCUUCUUGCUAAACUCUACACCGGUAACCACAACAUCAUCUCUUUGCAAGACAGUUACCACGGGUGCUCCAGUGCGAUGUUGGGUUUGACAUCGACGCAGUCUUAUCGGUUACCAACUCCAGUACCUGCUGGGUACUCUCAUGCCAUGUUACCAGAUCCAUUCAGGGGAAUUUGGGGAGGAUGCAGGGACUCCAUAUCCCAAGUACCUGGUUCCUGUUCUUGUUCUGGAGAUUGCAUCACUUCUGAUAAAUAUAUUCAUCAAUUAGAAGAGCACGUGAUAAACAAUAUCCCAAUUAGUGGGGCUGCUGCAAUGUUUGCAGAGUCAAUACAGGGAGUGAAUGGAACAGUUCAGUUUCCCAAGGGAUAUCUCAAAAAGGCUCAGCAAUUAAUAAAAGAGUACAAUGGUCUUUUUGUUUCUGACGAAGUACAAACAGGAUUUGGACGUACUGGAGAUGCGUUUUGGGGUUUUGAAAAUCACGAAAUCAUGCCAGAUAUUGUAACAAUGGCGAAGGGAAUUGGUAAUGGCUUUCCAAUGGCAGCUGUUGUGACCACGAUGGAAAUAGCAGAGGCUCACAACAAAGCUGCCUAUUUUAAUACAUUUGGCGGGAAUCCAUUGGCUUGCACUGCUGGCAAAGCUGUUUUAGAGGUAAUUGAUGAAGAAAACCUUCAAGAGAACUGUAAAGUGACUGGUAAAUAUUUUGUAGAACAGUUAAUGCAACUUCAAAAGGUUUACCCAGUAAUUGGAGAUGUAAGAGGAAAAGGCCUAAUGCUUGGUGUUGAGUUAGUGGUUCCAGGCACAAAGGACCCGUUAAAUGCAUCUGAUGUUGUGGAUAUUAUGGAAAAAACUAAAGAUUUUGGUAUACUAUUAGGACGUGGAGGAAGAUAUUCGAAUGUGUUGAGAAUCAAACCACCAAUGUGUAUUAAGAAAGAAGACGUUGACUUUGCUGUGUCCGUGCUAGAUCAAGCUUUAAAAGAAUUUAUGAAGACAUACAAAUCUGAUUAAUAAUACGUAAAUAAUAUUUAUUGUUAUAUAAUUCUGACUUUAAGAUUAUGACUGCGUAAGAAUAAAAAAUAAAAAGUU